AUGGCGAGCGCCCAGGCGAUGGAGGAGGAGCUCCAGCAGAGCGUUCUGCUCUCUCAGGAGACCGACGAGAUCUACGACGCGUCAAACAGCAACGCGACGACAGCAUCCCAACGCAAUAUAAAGGUGGUCAGCUUCAGCAAUGACAGCGGCGUCAACGGCGUCAACGGCGUCAAGGAUAUAGAAAGUGAUCGUGAUGCAUCAGGUGAAGAGGUCGAAGAGGAGGAUGCCGAGGGUGAGGAUGAUCUCGACCUCAUGCCCCAACCAAACGAUUACCCAGCUACGGCACUACAAAACGGCCAUACCGAAAUUGUCGAAGAGGAGGACGCAGAAGGGGAGGAGGAAGAUGCAGAGGGCGAGGAAGAAGAGGUGGUGGGCGCUGUCAAGAUCAAACCAGCCGAUCUGGUAGAUGACGAGGACGAGGACGCAGAAGAGGACGACGGCGCCGAGAGUGACGCUUCCGAUGCUCAAAACGCUGCUGACGAGGACUCGGACGAAGAGGAGGAGGAGGAGGAUCCCCCUUGGGAGGAUGCACGCGAUGCAGUUGAGGAUGAAGAAGAAGGAUCCGAGUUGGCCGCUACUAAUAUUUGCGUCUUCUGCAAGCAAGACGAGGAGCAUGACCCCAGCGAGGACUUUGAAGCCUUCUUAGCAUGUCAGGCUUGCGGUGAAAACGCUCACCAACAAUGCGCACGCGACGAAGAUGCGUUGAAUGAACGUAAUGAUUCUACACGGUGGAGAUGCCCUGAAUGCUAUAACGAAGACGAGCCAGACGCAGAGAGUGCAGGGGAUCGGGAGAGCCCCGCGACAGACGCUCGACUGGCCUCACAAGAAUCCGAGGUGCCAAUGCUGGUGAAGGCAGGCAGUGUGGAAGAGAUGGUAAUGGACGACGACGCAUCCAGCUCACGAAUGUUGCGAAAGAGGAAAACAUCAUCGAUUGACCCUGAUGAUGGUGUUCUGGCCUUGAGGAAGCGGAGGCGAAAUACAUCGACAGAUCUUCGCAACGACGAUGGGGCCGACGGAAGUGACGGGGGAUCGCGGUCUGCAAGAUCGUUGCGGCUCAAAGUUGCAGGUUCGUCAUCUGCCACAAUUGAAAAGCACACGCGAACCUCGUUGAUUGUCAAGCUUCGCGUACGCCCAGGUAGCCUAAAGGAAACUAUGGGACGCAAGAGGCGCGGCAAUGCAAUGGCGGGAGGAAGAGGAGGCAGAGGCUCGAGACGGACAGGGACAGGACGGCCACCAGGACGGCCGCCUCGGAAUGCGACACCUCUGUCUGCGAUCACCAGCAGCAACCUCGGACCUUUGAUCGAAACACCAUUCACGGCCGACUCCUAUUCACAACCUUUCUACUCCUUUUUUGACCGGGACACGGACGAUACAAAGGGAAAGCCAUACGGAGAUAUUCUGACCGAAGCAGAGGCUGAUACGACUAAGACCUUGCCCGCCGCCGAGGAUCGCAGACGGUUCGACCAGGCCAAGCGGAAGGCCGACGACGAGUGGAGGGCACGAGUGCUGGCCGUGCAGGCAGAGACCUACAUUCCGGUCCGCAAGCAAAAGAAGACGGGCGACCAUGCCAGCCAGAUUGAGUGCAUCGAGUUUGGCGGAUGGGAGAUUGACACCUGGUACGCUGCGCCAUAUCCUGCAGAGUAUAGUAGGAACCGUGUCCUCUACAUCUGCGAAUUCUGUCUCAAAUACAUGAACUCGGACUACGUGGCCUGGCGCCACAAGCUCAAGUGUGCCGCCAAGCACCCACCGGGAGACGAGAUUUACCGUCACGGAUCCAUCUCCUUCUUCGAGGUGGACGGCCGCAAGAACCCCAUCUACUGCCAAAACCUGUGUCUCCUGGCCAAGCUCUUCCUGGGGUCCAAGACGCUGUACUACGACGUGGAGCCCUUCUUGUUCUACGUGCUAUGUGAGUAUGACGAGUGCGGCUACCAUUUUGUCGGGUACUUCUCCAAGGAGAAGCGACCGAGCAGCCUGAACAAUGUGUCGUGCAUCCUGACGCUGCCCAUCCACCAGCGCAAGGGAUACGGAAAUCUCCUCAUCGACUUCUCUUAUCUGCUCACAAAGGUCGAGGAGAAGACUGGAUCACCGGAGAAGCCGCUGUCUGACCUAGGUCUAGUCUCGUACCGCAGCUACUGGCGACUGGUCCUCUGCAGGUACCUGGUCGAGACGCUAGAGAAGGGCAGCUGCAAGGUAGACGGACUCAGUAUCAAGAAGAUAUCCGACGACACAGCCAUGACGCCCGACGACGUCGUCGCCGCCCUCGAGGGGCUCCGAGCCAUUGUCCGAGAUCCGCAGACUAAACUCUAUGCGUUCCGCGUCGAUGUCGACUUCUGCCGGCAGUACGUCGCCGACUGGGAGAGCAAGGGCCACGUCAAGCUGAAACCGGAAGCCCUAGCCUGGACGCCGUAUGUAAUGGGGCGCGGUAGUGCAGCGAAUCUCGAAAUGGCACCGAUAAGCACGGUGGCGUCCCGGGAGGAAGAUGAGGCCAAGCUCGACGAGGGCCUGGGCGCUGGAGUCCCACCCAAGGCCAUGAUGAACGGUAUCAGAAAGGCAGCUGUAGUUGCAGGAAACGGUAUCAAGUGCGACGUUGGGACGACCGUCGCAGAUGGCGAAGAAGGACCGGCAGAUCAGCUCAAGGUCGAAGCAGCCUCACAGGGUACCGAUGGGGGCUACGCAGCCGCGACCGGAGAAGGGGAGGAAGAUGACAAGGGGAGCGCGACGCCCCGCGCCGGCGACCACAAGAUGGACACCGAGGAGCCGGCGUGGGAUGCUCCUUACAAGAACAUCCCGUCCACGCGGUUCGAAAUCUUCCCUCCGAUGGGUGGUGGCCGUCGCGGAGGAGACCGGUCAAGACAGAGCGUCGGUCGACCUGGCGGCGGCGGACCCCGACGCUUCCCCAGCGCCAACACUCCCCGGCCCCGACCGCGCAGACCCUCGGGCCCCAACAGCGCUAGGCGCACGUCAUCAUCGGCGUCAUCGCGUCCCAAGUCCAGCUCGAGACGCAAGAGCGGCGGCACGGGACGCGGGCCGGGACGCUGGCCAAAGGGAACAAAGAAGGCAGAUUACGGCAAUGCCAUGAGCGGCCCUGGCUUCCCGCCUGGCUGGAAUGAGAAACAGGGCCAGCCACCGCCGCAGCCGCCGCCGCCACCGUCGCAAGGAGCGGAGGCUGCCGCUGCCACCAGCGAGGCAGCACAUGCAGACCGGGAGGAAGUGCGUGUUCUAGUAUCGACGACUAGUGCUGCGGAAGAAGCAAACGGCGGUGGUAGCGGUGGCGCCGUCUCGGCACAGGACGAGGAGGAUGUCGACGCCGAGGGAGAAGAUGAUAUAUAA